AUGUCUUACAUGAACAACUACCAGCAGACGGGCGGCCUGCCCCAGAGCAUGUCGCUGUCCCACAUGCAGAAUGCAUUCGUGACGCAAUGCGAGUCGAUGUACGGCAGGCCGCACCCGUCCCGCCACGAGGCCGUGUCGGCGGGCCGCAUCGUGGUGAAAGUGGGCACGUCAGUGGUAUCUCGGUCCGUGGAUGGUCGGCUUGCACUCGGCAGGCUUGGGGCGCUCGUGGAGCAGCUCGAGGCUCUCGUCCGGUCGGGGCGCCAGGUGAUCCUCGUUUCGUCCGGGUCUGUCGGUGUGGGUCGUCAGAGGCUGCGGCACCAGCAGGUCAUGAACCGUUCGCCGCUCGAGAUGCACCUGGGCGGCGGCACGACGGAGGCGAAGUCGCGCGCUGCUGCUGCCGCUGGGCAGUCGGGCCUCAUGUCACUGUACGACAACCUGUUCAAUCUGAUGGACGUCAUGUGCGCCCAGUUCCUGGUGACGACCGCGGACUUCCAGCAGACGGGCUUCCGGCAGCAGCUGCGCGAGACGGUGGACCAGCUGGUGGACGUGGGCGUGGUGCCCGUCUUCAACGAGAACGACGCCAUCUCCGUGCACCAGCUCACGGAGAAGGACACCUCCGCCGACGCCCCGCCGUUCUGGGACAACGACUCCCUCGCCGCGCUCCUCGCGGACGUGCUGAAGGCCGACCUCCUCGUGCUGUGCACCGACGUGGACGCGCUCUACACCGGCCCGCCGUCGGAGCCCGGGUCCAAGAUCAUCCACACCUUCUGCCCGGAGAUCCACAUGCCGAUGCUCAAGUUCGGCCAGAAGUCGACGGGCGGGCGCGGCGGGAUGCUCGCCAAGAUCGACGCGGCGUGGGAGUGCGCCACCAAGGCCUGCCCCGUGGUCAUCGCCAACGGCAAGGCCCUGGACAUCGUGCUGCGCGUGGUCGCGGGCCAGCAGAUCGGCACGCUCGUGAGCGUCGACGCGGCGCGGGUGUUCGCGAAGGAGGCCGAGUACGGGCAGCACGCCGACACGGAGCACCAGUCCUCGAGCGACGUGGCCAAGGCCGCGCGCGCGGCCGGGGAGCGCCUGCAGGCGCUGUCCGAGGCGGAGCGCUCCAGGAUCCUGGAGGCGAUCGCCGACGCGCUGAUCGAGGCGGAGGCGGAGAUCAUCGUGGAGAACAACGCCGACAUGGCGGGCUCGCACGGCCGCGUGACCGACACGCUCAUGCAGCAGCUCUUCCUGAAGCCCGGGCGCAUCCGCGAGGUGGCGCAGGCGGUGCGCGCGAUCGCGGCGGGCGAGGCCCGCGUCGGCGAGGUGCUGGACCGGCGCACGCUGGAGGACGGGGUCACGCUGGAGAAGGUGUCGGCGCCCGUGGGGGUGGUGCUCGCGGUGGUGGAGGCGCACCCGGAGUGGCUCCCCGUCGUGACCGCGAUGGCCAUCAAGGCCGGGAGCGCCGUCGUGAUCAAGGGCGGGAAGGAGGCCUCCCGCAGCAACGCCAUCGUGCACAAGACCAUGGCGGCCGUGCUGGAGGGCACGGCGCCCGGGAGCGCGCUGGUGUCCUUCGUGGGCGCCACGGAGGAGCUCGACGGCGUGCUCGCGCUCGACAACAUCGACCUCGUGAUCCCGCACGGCACCCCCGAGUUCGUGGCCUUCACCCGGCGGGUGUCCAAGGCCCCGGUGCUGGGCGCAGCCGAGGGGGUGUGCAACAUCUACGUGGACGCGUCGGUCGACAUGGCGCAGGCGAUCGACGUCUGCGUGGACGCGAAGACGGACAAGAGCGACGCCGAGAACGCCGUCGACAAGGUGCUGGUGCACCGCGCCCUCGUCGACGACGGGCGCAUCCUGCAGCUCACCUCGGCCAUGGUCAAGGCGGGCGUGCGCGUCAACGGCGGCGAGGAGGCCACGCGCGUCCUCGGCCUGCCCCCCGCUCCCUCGGCCCGCGUCGACUACCGCGCGCGGGAGAUGACGCUCGAGGUGGUGGACUCCCUGGAGGGCGCCAUCGCCCACAUCAACGAGUUCGGGUCCGGGCACACGGACUGCAUCCUGACCAACAACGAGGAAACCGCGACGGCCUUCAAGAAGGCGGUGCAGUCCGCGUGCGUGUUCUGGAACGCGUCCACGCGCCUCGCGGACGCAGGCUACUUUGGUUUCGGGUCCGAGGCGUGCUUCAGCGACAGCAAGCUGCACGCCAGGGGGCCCGUGACCGUGCCGAACCUGAUGACGUACAAGUGGGUGGUGUCAGGAAACGGCAAGUGCGCGGCGACCGCGCUCAGCAAGAACUAG